GAGGGGAGAGGUGGGGAGGAGAGGGAGAUUGUAAAGGUUGAACAUAGAAGCAGAACGUCAACGUGUAGGGAGCAGCACGAAUCCUGGAGAUAAGAGAAAAUCUACCCAUGCUCCAAACAUCAAUUCAACAAAAAAACCAAAAUUCAAUUUUUCUCCAAACUUUAUUCCUAAACGCGCAUGGAUCUUUGUAUUAUCAUUAUUAUUCAGGCUCCCCUGAAUUCAUUUUCUGCCUGAUUUGUGUUUUCACAAAGCCCUAAUCUGAUUGGAGUUUCAUCGGCCUACAUCUCUCAUUCGUCGAUUCACUUUCAUUGAUACUUAGAUAAGUAUCCCCAAUUCGUAAGUAUCCCCUAUCCAUGAAAGCUGUACCUAAUUUUGUUCGUUAUCCUCAAAGUUUGUUCGCAAACCCUAAAACAUGCAUGUUGUGUGCAAAUGCUAUUUUGUUGAUUGGUUUUAGAGAUCUUUGCCUCGAUUCUGUAACAUUAACAAGAGUCCAUCUUUCCCACCAUUAUAGACGGAUCUUGACUUUGUAUCAUAGUUCCCAUUUGAGGAUUAAAAACCAUGUUAUCCAUGGCAUACGGCUUCCAUAUAAGCCUCCUGACUCGUUGAUCAUGGGCGAUGGUUCACCCACAUCUUCUGCACCUACAUCCAAGCUUGAAGCCCAGAUACUGGAUGCAGUAUUACAACGAGAGUUAAAAGGAACUUCCAUAAUGUCAUUUAACAAGAUAAUCUUAAAAUUCCCAAAAAUCGAUGAGAGCCUAAGAAAAUGCAAAGUCAUAUUCGAACAGUUUGACGAGGAUAAAAGUGGUGCAAUUGAUCUUAAAGAGCUGAAGCAUUGCUUCAGUAAGCUUGAAGUGAACUUCACAAACGAAGAAAUCAGUGAUCUUUUUAAGGCAUGUGACUUAAAUGAUGACAUGGGAAUAGACUUUCAUGAGUUCAUUGUCCUUCUUUGCCUUGUCUAUCUUUUGAAGGAAGGUGACACUGCUCCAAAUGCUAAAUCACGAAUGGGAAUCCCGGAUCUUGAGGCAACUUUUGAAACAUUGGUUGAAUCGUUUGUGUUCUUGGAUAACAACAAAGAUGGUUAUGUCAGCAAGAAUGAAAUGAUUCAUGCAAUAGAGGAAAGUGGGCGAUCUGAUGGGCAAAUUGCCAUGAAAAGAUUUGAAGAGAUGGAUUGGGAUAAAAAUGGAACAGUGAACUUCAAGGAGUUUUUGUUUGCCUUUACAAGUUGGGUUGGGAUUGAGGAUGAUGAAGACUAGUGAACUGAAACAUUGUUGGGUGUUCUUUUCCUCCGAUUGUGUAUGUAUUUUCUUUUUUUCAUUGUAGCUUUUGGUUUCCUAAAAAUGGAACUUGUUGCAUUUUUCUUGUUCAUGUCAUCUCAUUAUGUUCUAUGUAAAUAAAACAGUGUCUUGGAUCAAUAUGCAGUUGUUAGGGAAGUAUUCAACAAAUAUUUUGGUUUAUUUGGCUUGUUGUAGCUAUGAGAAUUCCAUUUAAAGGA